GGAGUGCUCAGCUGUUCAGUCCCCGAGACGUUAAGUGUUUUUUUUUUUUUUUUCCUGGUUUACAAAGAUGGCGGCACAGACGACGGAGGGGAUACGUCUGAGUGCGUUGUGCCCCAAGUUCCUGCACACUAAUUCCACCAGUCAUACGUGGCCUUUCAGCGCAGUCGCAGAGCUCAUAGAUAAUGCGUAUGACCCUGAUGUGGGUGCCAAGCAGAUUUGGAUUGAUCAGACUGUUGUAAAUGGUCAACUGAGCUUAACCUUUACAGAUAAUGGGAAUGGGAUGACUCUCGACAAACUGCACAAGAUGCUCAGUUUUGGAUUCAGUGACAAGGUUGCAGUACAAGGUCACGUUCCGGUCGGCCUCUAUGGAAAUGGUUUUAAAUCCGGCUCCAUGCGUCUGGGCAAGGAUGCGAUUGUUCUGACCAAAAAUGACUCUGCGAUGCACGUGGGCAUGUUGUCACAGACUUUCCUGGAAGCCGUAAAUGCCGAGCAGGUCAUCGUGCCAAUCAUCUCCUUCAACAAGCAAAGGCAGGUAGUGAAUACCCCGAUCUCCGAUGUAAAUCUACAGGCAAUUUUGGGGCAUUCUCUUCUGAAUUCAGAAAAGGACCUACUGGCGGAACUGGAUGCAAUUAUUGGGAAAAAAGGCACAAGGAUCAUCAUCUGGAAUUUAAGGCGGGACAAAAACGGGAAAUCGGAAUUUGAUUUUACUGCGGAUAAGUAUGACAUAAAAAUUCCUGAGGAGAUUGAUGGAUCUUUCAGGAAGGGAUAUAAGAAGCAAGAAAGGAUAGAACUUGUCGCUCCUGACAGUGACUAUUCUUUGAGGGUAUAUUGCAGCAUUUUAUAUCUGAAACCACGGAUGCAGAUUAUCAUUCGAGGCCAAAAAGUACAAACACAACUUGUUUCAAAAAAUCUGGCACACAUAGAAAAAGACGUCUACAGGCCAAAGUCCAUAUCUCAUAAACCUGUGAAAAUCACCUUUGGUUAUAACUGUCGGAACAAGGAGCACUACGGCAUAAUGAUGUACCACAAAAACAGGCUAAUAAAGGCCUACGUGAGAGUCGGCUGCCAGCUGAAGGCUAACAACAUGGGCGUCGGCGUGGUCGGGGUUAUUGAAUGUAACUAUCUAAAGCCCACACAUAACAAACAGGACUUUGACUACACAAACGACUACAGACUUACGCUGACUGCAGUAGGAGAGAAGCUGAACGACUACUGGCAUGAGAUGAAACUGCAGAAAAAUUCAUUGUCAAGUGUCCCCGUAGAAGACGAGCAAAAACGACCUGAUCAGAGCUGGGCCCAGUGCGAUUCUUGUCUAAAAUGGAGGAAACUUCCUGACGCCAUGGGGAAGCUUCCACCAAAGUGGUACUGUCAUAUGAACCCAGACCCGCAGUUCAGAGAUUGCAAUGUUCCCGAGGAACCAGAGGACGAUGACGAAAUCACUCACUCAACAUAUGAGAAGACGCACAAAAAAAGGAGAAGUGAACAGCUAUCACAGGUCUUCAGAAAUAACACAAUCCUGUUUAAUCCUCCAAGUAAAGAGAUGCAGCAAGCUCUGAACACUGUGCAGGCCAAUUACAGACCAGCGCUGUCUUCGAAUCCAUCCACGUUGGUGGCAGCUGAAAGCUCAGCACAGCCUAGUACACCCCCUGAUCGUAGAAAACGUCUGCUAUCACUCGACCCUUCUCCAGUGCCUGCAAAAAAGCCACCGGUUACUGUAACCGAGACCAUAGAGCUCCCAGAUGAGGACGAUGAAGAAGCCGAUGAUGGAGAUGUGAUUAUCAUAGAGGAUGUCAGCACACCCAAACCCAAGAGUGAAAAAGCAAAACCCGUAAACGGUUCUGCUAUUAGUUCCGUCCCCAUGGAAAGUUUAGACGGUGAGACUUCGGGGAUGCCUGAUACGGGAGGGAUAGCUGCAGUCGGCACACAGACUGAAAUGCGGGGAAUAGUUGUUAAAAAGGAAGAAGAUGAUUCUUACAGCGACUUCCAAGGGCACACGGAGAAGCCAAGUGAGAAUCUGUUCAUAAACUGCAAUGGCACAGUGUCAAGUACCCACCCGAAUCUCAGCUCUGAGAACGAAAAAGAAUAUUACAAAAAGCGUUGCGAAGAACUGAGCACUAAACUGAGACGUCUGGAGGAAACCAGCAGUCAGCAAGUGAAAACGGAGACGUCUCACCAGCAAGUACAGACCAAUCCAAGUCGUGAGGACUUAAAGUACGAUGAGGCCUUGAAGGAGGUCUGCAGGCUGAAGCUAAUGUGUAAAAAACUGCAGGAGCUGAAGUCUCAGUCCGGCUCUGAAGUUGACAGCACAAGUGAGAUAGACGAUAUGGCGAUACAACUAGAUGACGUUUUCCGGAAGUUAGAUUCCUGUUCUGCAGAAAGAGAUCAAUACAAAUCGGAGAUCGAGCAGUUAAAGCUGGAGAAGAGAAAGCUGGAGGCCGAGAAAAGCAAACUGACGACUGGGCUACAGAAAUUAAAGGAAGCGACUGAGACCAAAGCCUCCACCAGUGUGCACGGGCAUGAAAGGUCUAAGUUACGAACACUGAGGAUUCAUGUCGCCCAGUUGCUCACCACCUUGAUGCCAGAGCUGGACUUGGAGCAGGUGGACUACGACGUGGACGUAAUUGAUGAGAUUCUAGUCCAAGUGCUUGAGCAGGCCGAGAAACAAGCCAAUGGCCACGAAUAACUAAAACGCGCCUUGGGGGAUGUCGGAUAAUGUUUUUUUUCUAAACUGUGCCAACAAAACUUUUAUUUAAGUCUUACGAUGGAACAAUGGCGCCUGGCUGCUGCCAAGAAGCGGGAUCUCGGUGUCCCUGGACUAUUGCAGCGGACGACGGACACCACCAUUAAUAAUAAUCUGUCUGGUCGAUUUUAUUUGCAAGGGAAGAAUUAUUAUGCACAAGGCGGAUACCUCAGUUUUUUUUAUACAAAUUUUACUAAAUCUAUAAUGACCUGCUGUAUUUUUAAUACAUGAAACGCCGAACGAAGCAGCCGCGGAUGCUCCGAUUUUUAGGGAAAGGUCCAUACCAGUUCUGUAUAAUGUUUGGAGACUGUUUUGCCUUUUCCUGUUUUUUUUUUUUUUAUUAUGAUGUGAAGAGGUCGAGUUCAAGUAUUGCUCAUUUUGCUAUUUUCUAAAAUAUAUUGUUUGCAACUACAACUCCCAGCAGAAGCUGCACAAAGAAAGUCCACAGCGCACUCUAAAAGUCCUUACCCCUCAACCCCAAUGCAAUAAAAAACAAAAAACAGCAGUGUUUCACCCCAGGUGUGGGCCUUCAUCGGGAUCCGUAUUUGCAUCAAAACGUUGUUUUAUGCUGGAAUAAUAGUCUUUGAAUCGGUUUCCCACCCGUUUGGAUGCUGUAGCCUUCUCUACAUUGCGUAUGUCCGGUGGAAGUGGUCAGGCCAUCCUGGCAGUGUGACAGCUGGAAAGCCGCAGACUGUAGUGUGGAUCUUUAUGUGACCUGUUUAGCAUUUAUUUAUAUUACAGCAGUGCCAGUACGACUCCGUUCACAUUGCAGCUUACGGUUUCUGUUGGCCAUAUGUGCAGGGAAAUCUCCAUAGGCUGCCGGAGGCCGAAAGAGCGGCGGUGUAGUCCCUGCCGGCGUGCACACCUGUGUUAAUCAAGGACAUUUUACUAACUUUAAAGGGGUUGUUCGGCCUAGGAGCCGGCAACUUCAAUGGGUGGAUCCUACGGCCAAUUUAAAAAAACAAAACAAAAAACACACACCUGUCCACAAUCCUGCUGCUCAUGCGCUGCUGCUCUGGCCUUCCCCCAACCAGAAGUGGCAUAGUGCUAUGACUAAUUAGUGUUGCAGCAUUCUAGUGACCACUGAGGUCAGUAAUUGGUCUCAGCGGGCACGGACCAAGCCACUAGUGCAGGGAUCAACAACCUCCAGCGCUCCAGCUGUGGUGAAACUACGACUCCCAGCAUGCACACUUGCUUGGCUCUUCUCGGAACUCCCAUAGAAGUGAAUGGAGCAUGCUGGGAGUUGUAGUGUCACCACAGCUGGAGUGCCAGAGGUUGCUGACCCCUGCACUAGGGGUACAGAAGCAGGCAGCAGCAUGGAACUGCGGAAAGGUCAUUUUUAAUUUUUUUUUGUCUGCAGGUUCCAUCCAUUGGGGUCAACUACAAGGACAGACAGCCCCUUUAAUGUUACACCCGUUCUAACCUAUAUCUCCCAGCAUUACCCACUAAGAAGGUAUCUGUGUUUUUGGGAAUAGUUUGGAAGGGAUUGGGCAUGUUCCAUUUGAACAGGCCUGCACCUUUGUUUUCAAGGGCAAUAAGCCACCGCCAGAAGAGUCAGCAGCUCGCUCUUCCCUCCCCAGUUAGAACAUGUGCACACUUGGCUGAUCCGAGCAUGGGUGUCGGGGGGAAUAGACGUCAGCUGAACGAGGGUUCGACCAACAGCUAUCUAAUGUGCAUGGCCACCUCAACGAGGACCCGUCCCCAUGUAAUAACAUUGAUUCUUAUGACGCUGUUUUGUGUCACUCCUCUAGGAUUCCUGCUAGAAGUUACAGUUGAAUUGCUAGCAGUGUGCAAUGAAGGUCCAUCGGGGGUGUUACCAGUUGAGGGCGUGUGUCCCUGCACAGUCUGACCAUGGAAACACUGAAUAAUGUCAGACUGGUAACACCCUGAUGGACCUUCAUUGCAAACUGCUAGUAAUUCAUUCAGAACUUCUAGUUGGAAUAAUGCUGGAAUGGCACAACAUGGCAUCAUGAGAUUAGAGGCUUGAGCCUUGUUAUUACAUGGGGAAUGGAAGUAGCUUCUAAACCGGACUUGUCAGAAGAGGGGACAGAACAUGGAGCACUGAACGCCGAUCCCCACGGCAGCCCACCUCCGCCUGUAUGUACACGCCAUCACAUAGAGGACGUUUAAUAAGCGGGGUUCUAACUAUAAUAAUAUAAUUGUUGCUGUAAAUGCAUUGGAAGGUAUAACUCCUCUCAUCCGGCAUUCUCAGCAGAUCAUGGUACAGACUCUCCAGUAUAGUAAUGUGCACGCACCUACUACCAUCAUGGGUUUCCUUCUUGCACUCCUCGGCAUCUUAACGCUGAGCAUGGAUAACCUGAUGCCUCAGACACUGGACUCCAUGCGUCCCCUUCUUCUGGACCCUCUGCAUUUUGGGUGCCAAUGGCACAGUGGGGGUGACGCAUGUGCUAUACACGGUACAUGUAUGUCAGCCAAACACUGAUUAUGGCCGGACCGGUCAACUCUCCUCUGAUGGCAGAUGGAUUACAACAUGUCCGAUCACUUUGUUGCUGGCAGGUAAGCUGACCUCAGAGGUGUCUACCGGUGGCUUAAAGGAGUAUACUGGUUAUGUAAAGUAUUAUCGGUGGGGGUCCUACCACUGAGACACCUGCCAAUCAUGAGACCAGGUUCCCCGUACCUGAAGGAUUCAAAAAAGCAAAAAGAAUGGAGCUGGCGGCCUGGCAUGUGCUCUGCCGCUCCAUUGAUUUCUAUGGGAGUGCCAGAGAUAGGUGAGCGCUGUACUUGGCUAUCUCCAGAAAUUAAUACAGCAGCCGCGCACAUGCUCUGUUGAUUUUGGGCGCUCCAAGGUGUAUGGGUCCACCAUUCUCAUCAUGUAAUGGGGCAUAACUUAAUAUAACCGGAAUACCCCUUUAAUCCUCUCUAUUUAGAACACAUGCAUGGUCGAGCUGAGUGUGUAAGGAAAGCUAACAAGUGUUCAGCAAACCACUAUCUAAUAUGUAUGUAUAGCCAAACUAAGUGUUAUACCUCCACAGGAUUGGGGAUAAGCGUCUGACCGAUGGGGGGGGCCCCCACCGAUCACCCGAACAGGGGCCUGUGUUUGGAGCGGUGGACGAGCAUGCACACUGCUACUCUAUGGGGCUGCCUGAGAUAGGUGAGCGCUUGUACUCCGCUAUCGCCAGAAUUUCCAUAGAGUUGAAUGCUCCAUGAGUGUAUACUGCUUUAUUCAAACAGGGAUCGUUGGGGGGGGCCCUGCGGUCGGUCCACUGCCAUUCAGAACCUUAUCUCCUAACUUUUUGGAGACGGGAUAAGUUGUUGUAAUGGGACAACCCCUUUUAAAGUGUUGUGUGAGAUUAGAACUUUGUUUGUCCUGAAACAGCGCCACUCUUAUGUAUGGCCUUGUCUGGUAUUGCAGCUCAGUCCCAUACAUGUCAAUAUGGCUUUACUUGCAAUAUCGGACACAGCCCCGAGAACAAGGGAGGGGAAAAUAAGAUAAAAGUGGGGUGACCGGGCAUUCGCUGUUGUCGCCGAUUACAGUUUUAGUCUUGUAUAUACGUGUAACAUUUACUUUUUAUAUGUGUCCUAAAAUCGUGUUUUCUCUGCCGUGGUCUCCUCCGUGGACACGUCUAAUGGGUAAUACUGUCAGAGUAUCGGCUGAUUCUCAUCUUGCUAUUUAUAAUUGUAAGCUAUUAGAAAUUUCCAAUUUUUAUUAAAAAUCAUUUUGGUUUUAUUA